UCCAAUGAUCCAAUUAGGAAGCCAAAAGUAGCAAUUCCUGUCACUAAACAUUCCCAAAUUCGAAGCUUUAGUUCAUAAGAAAACUCUUUUUGGGCAUGGCAGGCGAAGUUGCAAACGGUGAGAAGAAAGUGGGAAGUGUCAAAAUCAUCAACACAACUUAUGUUAAGCCCAAAAAAUCCAUAGGAAGGAAAGAGUGCCAAUUGGUGACAUUCGACCUUCCCUACCUGGCCUUCUACUACAACCAGAAGCUCCUGCUCUACAAAGGAGGGAACGAGGACGGCGGCGCGGCUGUGGAGAAGCUGAAAGAUGGGCUGGCGUUAGUGCUGGAGGAGUUCCACCAGCUGGCUGGGAAGCUCGAGAAGGAUGAGGAUGGGGUGUUCAAGGUCGUGUACGAUGAUGACAUGGAGGGCGUGGAGGUGGUGGAGGCCGAGGCGGAGGAUGUGGAGGUGGCGGAGCUGACGGCGGAGGAGGGAUUCUCCAGAUUUAAGGAGCUGUUGCCUUAUAAUGGAGUGUUGAAUUUGGAGGGGCUGCAGCGCCCCUUGUUGGCUGUGCAGCUCACGAAACUAAAAGACGGGCUGGCAAUGGGCCUCGCCUUCAACCACGCCAUCCUCGACGGGACAUCCACAUGGCACUUCAUGAGCUCGUGGGCCGCCAUCUGCAACGGUGCCACAUCGGUCCCGGUCCCACCAUUCCUGGACCGCACCAAGGCGCGCAACACCCGCGUGAAGCUGGACCUCUCCCAGCCCUCCGACGCCCCCGAGCACGCCAACUCCGCCUCCCCCGCGGCCCCCGUCCUCCGCGGCAAGGUCUUCAAGUUCCCCGCCUCCGCCAUCGACCAGAUCAAGUCAAGAGUCAACAACACCAAUAACAAUAACGAUAACGAUAACAAGAAGCCCUUCUCCACGUUCCAGUCGCUGUCUGCGCACGUGUGGCAGGCAGUGACGCGGGCGAGGGAGCUGGGGCCCACGGACUACACGGUGUUCACGGUGUUUGCGGACUGCAGGAAGCGGGUGGACCCGCCCAUGCCGGAGAGCUACUUCGGGAACCUCAUCCAGGCGAUAUUCACGGUGACGGGGGCGGGGCUGAUCCUGUCGAACCAAGCAGAGUUCGGGGCGGGGCUGAUAAGGGGGGCGAUCGAGGCGCACAAUGCGGAGGCGAUCGCAAAGAGGAACGAGGAGUGGGAGAGCAAGCCGGUGAUAUUCGGGUACAAGGACGCGGGGGUGAACUGCGUGGCGGUGGGGAGCUCGCCGCGGUUCCAGGUGUACGAGGUGGAUUUCGGGUGGGGCAGCCCGGAGAGCGUGCGGAGCGGGCUCAACAACCGCUUCGAUGGGAUGGUGUAUCUGUAUCCGGGGAAGAGUGGGGGAGGGAGCAUUGACGUGGAGAUCAGUUUGGAAGCUAAGGCCAUGGAGAAGCUCGAGAACGAUACGGACUUCUUGUUGGAGGCAUGAGGAGUUCAUCAACAACGUAACACCCAUAAUAGUCUUUGCUUUACAGUUACUUGCUCUCUCUCUAUCUUGUGUGUUUAUUGGGUGUCACCUUAGGCUUUCCAUGUAUGUGUGCUCAAAUAUUCAGACAAAUUAUCCGACUUUAAUUUUAUUUUUUUGUCUUCA